AUGCAUUUGGCUCAGAGUUUUCUCUUGUCGUGUCUAGUGGCAACUGGUCUAGCUCUCCCUAGUACCGAGCACCAGGAAAACAAGGCGCGCAGUGUGGGUUACUCUCUUAAGGAGCCUCCCUUGACAACGCCAUGGACCGACAAAGUCGGAACGAACCCAUGGCCCGAAUAUCCGCGACCGUUACUGCAGCGUUCUGAAUGGAAGAAUCUCAACGGGGUGUGGAAGUACCAAAAUGCCGAAGGUCUCGAUGCUGUUCAGCAGCCCCCUUUUGGGCAGGUACUUGCGCAGGAUGUUUUGAUUCCAUCGUGUCUUGAGAGUGGAUUGUCCGGCAUUCAAAGCGAUUGGGCUUUGUACUCUUGGUUUUCGACAUCCUUCGAGGUAUCUCCUUCUUGGAAGGGUGAACAGGUACUGCUCAAUUUUGGAGCCGUAGACUACGAAGCCACUGUCUUUGUCAAUGGUGAAAAGGCAGGCUUCCACCGUGGCGGAUACUUCCGCUUCGCGGUAGACGUGACAAAGUACCUGAAGUUUGAUCAGCAGAAUGAGCUACUUGUUUUCGUACAUGAUCCUACCGACGAUGGGGACUAUGUGAUCCCCAUUGGAAAGCAGACCCUGAGACCUAGUCACAUCUUUUAUACCCCGUGCAGUGGGAUAUGGCAAACUGUUUGGCUGGAGGCUGCCCCAUCCAAUCACAUCACCCAACUCGAUCUUGACGCAAACAUGGAUGGUCAAGUAAAUAUCACUGUACACAGCUCUGCUAAGGAGAAAUCCGCCCAGGCCGAAGUCACUGUCCAUCAAGAUGGCAAGACUGUUGCAACCCACAAAGGCCCCACUAACGAGCCAUUCCAAUUCAUCGUAUCUUCGCCCAAACUCUGGUCUCCGGACUCCCCAAACCUGUACAAUGUGACUGUCAAACUUGGCGAAGAUCUAGUGGAGAGCUAUAUAGGCUUCCGUACAGUCUCCAGGGGUACGGUUGACGGAAUUGAGCGACCCCUGCUCAAUGGAAAAUUCAUUUUCAUGUUCGGUACUCUGGACCAAGGCUAUUGGCCCGACGGUUUAUACACGCCCCCCAGCAAAGAGGCGAUGGUGUACGAUUUGGAAAUGUUGAAGAAGUUGGGAUUCAACAUGGUGCGCAAGCAUAUCAAAGUCGAGACCGAUCUGUUCUAUCAAGCCUGCGACGAGCUCGGUCUGCUUGUAAUCCAGGACAUGCCUUCCCUGCGCCCGUCGCAGUCCAAGAGGGACGCAAAUGGAAACUCAGUUACUAUCCUACCGGACGAGAAGCAGCAGGCUGAGUUCACUCGCCAGUUGGACCUGUUGGUUAACCAAUUGAAGAGCUUCCCUAGUAUCGUAACUUGGGUCAUCUACAACGAAGCCUGGGGCCAGAUCACAGAAUACUACCCCGAGUUUGAGCUGACCGAGCGGGUUAGACAGCUGGACCCCACUCGGCUUGUGGACUCGACGACGGGCUGGGACGACCACGGCGCUGGAGACUUUAGUGACAAUCACCAUUACGCAAAUCCACAAUGUGGCACCCCCUUUUAUUCCACACCCUCGAGCCCCUACGAUCCCACCCGGAUUGGAUUCCAGGGCGAAUUCGGCGGCAUCGGGAGUAAUGUGUCCAUGGAGCAUCUGUGGAACAACCAAGCGGCCAUCGAUACAAUUGACCAGACGUACGAGAUUGACACCACCAUUGAGGCAUGGAAUUACCGUAGUCACCUUCUCCUGACCGAGCUCGAGGAUCAGAUCCGCCUGUACGCAUGCAGUGGGGGGGUCUGGACCCAGACGACCGAUGUCGAGGGCGAGGUCAACGGACUGCUUACCUAUGACCGUCGCGUGGCCAGAGUCCAGGUGAAGCAGUGGCAGGCGGAUAUCAAGGCUCUGUAUGAUGCCGCGGCUGCACGGGCCACGACGACCGGCAAUUAG